CCUGUCUAUGCCUCACUUUUCCCAUCUGUGAUAUGAGGAUUAUACUGUUUAGUCAUCUGUGUAAAGGGUUUUGAAUUCCUAAAGUGCAAUGAAUAAAGUGUUUCAGAAUAUGUCUCUUUCAGAAUAUGUCUAGAAAUGAAGACACCUGUGUGGAGUCCUGUACACCACUUUCCUGACAAGUUUCUUUAUGGCCUGAUUGUCACAGCCAGUCUUUUCCUUCUCUCAGGCUCAGAGGAAGCAUCGUCAACAGCUGCUACUCCAUUAUCUCCACCCACAUCUACUAAUGGUAGCACUCCAACUUCCACUGGAGAUGCAACAACUGAAGAUAUGACCAUAACUGUUCCUGGAUAUACUACUGUACAUUAUACAACCAUACCUGUCCCUGAGCCAACAGAGAUGACAAGAGCUGAAUCCUCUACUACUGCUUCAAUACCUCAAGCACCCAAGACCACAUCAACAGUUAACCCUGAUGGGACCACACAUAAACUCACAUCUUCUUCCAUAACAUCAAUGCCCAGUACCACAGUUACCGUGCCCAGGACUACGCAUCCAUUGAUAUCUGCUGGGACCACAGCUUCACCCACAUCCUCUUCCAUAACAUCAACGCCCAGUACCUCAGUUACUGUGCCCGGGCCUACCCACCAAUUGAUAUCUGCUGGGACCACUGCUUCACCCACAUCCUCUUCCAUAACAUCAACGCCCAGUACCUCAGUCACUGUGCCCGGGCCUACCCACCAAUUGAUAUCUGCUGGGACCACUGCUUCACCCAAACCUAACGAGACUGUUCCUACCUCCACACUUGGUGAGGCUACAUCACAACCUAUUGUAACUACAUCUACUGCUAAACCCGCUAGUAUUUUGCCUGUUUCCAGAUCAACAGUGACAAACCAUCCCGAUGAAUUCAUUGUGGGCACAAAUUAG